UGAAAUCGGCGGAGCACUUCUUCGUCUCAAUUUCUGUUCCUUUCAACCGCUCCCCCCCCCUCCUCCUCCGUGACUCCUUUGCCUCUCUCCCUGCAAUUCCAAGAACCAUGCGCACUGAACUCACGAAGGGAGGGAGAAGUCGAUAAUCAAGAGAGACAAACUUACCAUCGCCGACGAGGUUCGAAUGGUCGCUAUGCAGGUUCUGGUGGAAGAAGUCUCUUACACAAGAAAGCUUUUGCUAAAUAGGCCUAAGCAAUUGAAUGCACUUUCUUUUCAAAUGAUAUCUCGGCUAUUGGAACUCUUCCUUUCCUAUGAGGAGGAUUCUAAUGUCAAGCUAAUAAUUUUGAAGGGGAAGGGCAGGGCAUUUUCUGCUGGUGGUGAUGUUGCUGCUGUGGUCCGUGAUAUUAGCAAAGGAAAUUUCAAGUUAGGCGCACAAUUUUUCUGCAAAGAGUUUAUCUUGAACUAUGUGAUGGCCACAUACAGUAAACCUCAGGUUUCAAUUCUUAAUGGAAUUGUAAUGGGAGGUGGAGCAGGAGCUUCAAUGCAUGGUAGAUUUCGAGUUGCAACAGAGAAUUCGGUUUUUGCCAUGCCAGAAACAGCUUUGGGACUCUUUCCAGAUGUCGGUGCCUCUUAUUUCUUAUCAAGACUCCCUGGAUUCUUUGGUGAAUAUGUAGGUCUCACAGGUUCCAGGUUGGAUGGUGCUGAAAUGCUUGCAUGUGGACUUGCAACUCACUUUGUUCCUUCACCGAGUUUGUCUUCUUUAGAAGAAGCAUUAUGCAAGUUAAACUCAACUGAUCCAGCCACUAUCUCUGCAAAUAUUGAUGGAUUCUCCGAGCAACCUACUUUGAAAGAGAGGAGUUCCUAUUGCAGUUUUAGACAAACAUUGCACGUCCAUAUGUUCAACAUGCACAGAGGUCGUAAGCACACACAUCUUUUGCUUCGGGGGAAAAAAAAAAAUUCAUCUUUACUCUUGUUGGAUAUCAUUAAUAAGUGCUUUUCUCGAAGAACAAUUGAAGAAAUUAUAGCUGCACUUGAGAAGACAGCUGUAAACAGCACAGAUGAUUGGAUCUCUUCAACAAUUAAGUCAUUGAAGACUGCAUCUCCUACAAGUCUUAAAAUUUCUCUCAGAUCGAUCAGAGAAGGCAGGCAUCAGGGUGUGGGUCAAUGCCUUGUGCGUGAGUACAGAAUGGUUUGUAAUGUCAUGAGUGGAGAAAUCAGCAAGGAUUUCUUUGAGGGUUGCAGGGCUAUACUGUUCGAUAAGGAUAAGAACCCAAAGUGGGAACCUUCUAAAUUGGAGUUUGUAACUGACAAUAUGGUCGAUCGGUACUUCUCUAAGGUGGAAUAUGAAGAUUGGGAGGACUUAAAGCUCCCCACCAGACCAAACUUGCCUGUGCAUGCCAUUGCAAAGCUCUAAGCAUCAUUAUAAUGGCCACAUUUACAAAACUUCAAAACCACAUAAUGGUAGAAGUCUCUUCUGGGCUACCCAUCUCAUAUUAGGAGGCCAUUUGCUUGGAUGGCGUAGUAUCUGCUUGAAUUUCUUCUUUUUUUUCUGUAAAUGUAUCUGCUUGAAUUUCAGUUUCACAUGGAUGGGUUUUGUAGAAUUCAAUAAAGAUCAAAUGAAUUAGCAGUCAUGGACAAUGAAGGGAUUUUUUUUU